AUGCGACAAGGCAUCUUGAGCACCGUUUUCGUCGCUGCCGCUGCCGCUGCCGCUGCCGCCACUGUCGAAAAGCAGUCCACUUCGACGACUUCGCAGGCGCCAGCAUGUACCGCAACGGCGUCCUCUGGCACCGGGGGCUUCUUCGACUUGCGACCUGACAUGGCGCAUCCGGCAGAGAAGGGGAAGCCGCUCAAGUCCGGCCUCUCGAAGGACUACCGAGCCAGAGGCUACGACUAUGGCAAGAAUUUUACUCUCAACAUUUGCGGAGCGGUCGUGGAUCCAGUGACGGAUGUGAUGGGAGUUCCAAAGAGCUCCUGGGCCAACGUCAGCGCUUACUAUAUAUCGCGUGGAAGCAUUUAUUCAAUAGGGUUUGUUGAUUCUCAGCCCCGACUCCACAGCCUUUUUGAGCGCUUACCAAUGUUCGCCUAUAGCUCGGAAUCCAUGGAUCUGGUCAGUCGCGGCAACGUAAGGAUGCUACAGUACACAGACGGGUCCCCAUGCGGAGGAGGUACCAAAUCCUCAAAGAGCAGCCGAGAAGCGUCAUCUCUUACUUCCAGGCACGACGACGGAGGUAAGGAGUUGGCUUUGAGCAGCCGCGGCCCUACGGUAGAGAAUCUGGAAAGAGCCGACAACGGCAAGGAGAACACCACGAAACGCAAGUCGACCACGAUUUCUUUUCUUUGCGAUCGAGACCCGGGCAACUCCCGCGCGACAAUAUCAUUCGUAGGCGUAUCGCCGGACGAGUGCUCAUACUUCUUCGAGGCACGGUCCAUUCAUGCUUGCGCUCACGCGGAGCCACACAAACCGGGCAGUGUUGGGCCCGGAACCGUCUUUAGCAUCAUUCUCCUGGUCGCCAUCCUCGUGUAUGUGCUUGGCGGUGUCUUUUACAACCGAACCGUGGCCAAUGCUCGUGGCUGGCGACAGCUGCCAAAUUAUAGUUUGUGGGCAGGCAUCUGGCGUUUUUUCAGCGAAACGUUUGUUGCUCUGGCUUCCUCUUGCCUGAGAUGUCUUCCGGGCAGACGAGGCUACAGCCAUUUAAAUGCAAAUCCGAGACAUAGGAAUUCCGACGCUGAAAAUCGCCUCAUCGACCAGCUUGACGAGGAGUGGGACGACUGA